AUGGCCGACAACAAGAACAAUCAAAUCAGCAUGGCCGCUAGUGCCAUUGCUAUGCGCGGCAUCCGCAUAUUUUUAAGCGCGGGAAAGGCCGCUGCGGAGCGUCGAGCUUCUCCACCUCGAGCUCGUCGGACGAAGACCGUUGUACCUGGAAACAAACUUCAGUUUAAUAUAGCUGAGAUUCUGCUUAAGGAAACAAAAUUCGAUAAAAAUGAACUGGAUGCUCUCUUCACGAUGUACAGAAGAUUGGUGACAUCUGCACAAAACGCGGCUCCCACUUCUGUUAUUGGUCAGCCAGCUGCCAAAAUUGAUGGUAUCGACCAGAAUACAUUCCGUGAUGUGAUGCAUAAUACCUUCGACUUGGUGACAGAAGACGUGGUGCUAGACCGUGUAUGGCUUACUUGGGAAAGGGGAGUGAAUGGUGGUGAAGGGGCCUUAAAGUUUGAAGCCUGGGCUCGAGGUCUAAGCGUACUCUUGCGUGGCACCGAUGAAGAGAAGAAGUCGCACUGCUUCGCUGUUUACGAUUUGAAUAAUGAUGGGUACAUCACUAGGGAUGAAAUGUUUACGCUUCUCAAGAAUUCGCUGUUGAAGCAGCCAGGAGAUGAGGACCCGGAUGAAGGGGUCAGGGAUCUCGUAGAGCUAGUCCUAAGAAAAAUGGAUAUUGACAAGGAUGGGAAACUCUCCAUAGAAGAUUACAAGCAAGCAGUGGAACAAGAACCGUUACUACUCGAAGCGUUCGGGCAGUGUCUACCUUCAAAACGACACGCGGCUGCGUUUAUCAAAACUUUAGUUAAUAAAUAAGAAAAUAUGCUUAAAAUUACUCUA